AUGACAAGAUUGGCAGAAGAAGAGCACCCCAACAAGGCCUUUGGAUGGGCAGCUAAAAACAGGUCUGUAACUGACGUAGGGUUUGCACUUGCAAGGCAACAGGAGAAAAGGAUGUGGCUUUCAAGGUUCUUUAUUGUGGGAUAUGCCAUUCCGAUCUUCAUAUGGCUAAGAAUGAAUGGGUUAAUUGGUCAACCUAAACACUAUAUUGGAUGCAAGCAUGAGAUUGUUCGUGAAGUGACAGAAGUGGGAACUAAGGUCCAACAGUUUAAUGUUGGAGACCGAGUUGGAGUUGGGUGCGUGGUAGGAUCAUGCCACUCCUAUGAUAGCUGCAAAAACAAUCUUGAGAAUUACUGCCCCAAAUCUAUAAUUACCUAUGGGACAGAGUACCCCGAUAGAAGUGUUACAUACAGAGGCUGCUCCCAUACUAUGGUUACUGAUGAACAUUUUAUUGUCCGCAUCUUUGACAACCUUCCUCUUGAUGCCACUGCUCAUCUGCUUUGUGUUGGGAUUAUAGUGUAUAAUCCAUUGAGAUAUUAUGGAUUCGAUAAGCCUAGUUUGCAUAUUGGAGUGGUUGGACUGGGUGGAUUAGGUCAUGUUUGCUAG